AUGGAAGAACAACCAUCCGACCGCCGCAAGAGCAGAAUCGCCCAAACACUCUCGACACUCAUCAGCUGCUCCAGAAUCCGCUCCAAGAAGCCGCAAGAAAGCCUCCAACCCUGCGAGCCCCAUCGCUCCGACGAAGAAGACGCCAACCAGGAGGUCUCCCGCGCCCGCGCCGCCAUGGAAGCCUUCGUCGCCAAGCUAUUCGCCUCCGUCUCCGCCGCCAAGGCCGCCUACGCCGAGCUCCAAUCGGCUCAGAUCCCGUACAACCGCGACGCCAUCCGGUCCGCCGACCGUGCCGUCGUCGACCAGCUGAAGGCGCUCGCCGACCUCAGGCAGCGCUUCGCGAAUCAACAGAUCGACUCGCCGCCGCCGCCGCACGUGACGCUCGCGCUGGCGGAGAUCCAAGAGCACCAGUCGCUGGUGAAGACCUACGAGGUCACCAUGAGGCAAAUGCAGGCCGAGAUCGACGCCAAGGAGGCGCGAAUCACGUCUCUGCAGAACCACCUGCGGAAGACGAAUUUGAAUUCAAGCGGAUCCAUCGACGGAAUCAGAUUCUCCGACGUCAGCCACACCGAUUUCGCACUUGUGUUGCACCACUUGCUGAAAUCGGUGCGCGGAUUCGUCAACCUUCUGAUUCGCGAAAUGGAAUCGGCGAAUUGGGAUAUCGACGCCGCGGUGGAUGCGAUCCACCGCGACGUCGUUUUCGAAAACAGCGAUCAUAAAUCCUUCGCGAUCGAAUCAUUUGUCUGCAGAGAGAUCUUCUCCGGCUUCACCUCUCCCGGAUUCGGCGGCGAGAUCCAUGAGCACGACCGCCGCAGCUUCUUCUUCGAUCAAUUUAGGGUUUUGCGAUCGGCGAGUGCGAUCAAUUUCGCGAAGCAAAGCCCUAAUUCGCUGUUUGGGGAAUUUCUGAAAUCGAAAUAUCUUCAGGUGGUGCACCCGAGGAUGGAGACCUCAUUCACCGGCAAUCUGUACCAGAGAGAGAUGGUGGAAUCGGGCGAGUUUCCGGAGACGGAAUUCUUCAAAGCGUUUGCGGAGAUGGGGAGGAGGCUGUGGCUGCUGCAUAGCUUGGCGUUGUCGUUUGAUUGCCAUGUCAGCGUGUUUCAAGUGAGUCGCAAUUCAAAGUUCUCUCAGGUGUACAUGGAAAGCGUCACGGAAGAGCUGGUUUCUGCCGCCGCGGAUGGCGAGGCGCUCAGGGUGACGUUCACGGUGGUUCCUGGUUUUAAGGUCGGGGAAACGGUGGUGCAGAGCCGGGUGUAUCUGAGCCGCCUGAAUUGA